AUACCUUCUUUUCUUUGAGAUAGUUGGAGUGCAAAGAAUAGAGCUGCAAUGGGACAUACAUUCUUUUAUAGUAAUUCUCUCACUUUUUUGUUUGUUUUUACUUUGGGAUUUCUCUAACUAAGUUUUCAUGAAUACUGCCCCAUCCAUUAAAAAAAAGAUUCUUGUUAGUAAGGGACGAUGCAGUUGCCCUUAAAAACAGCAAAGGACAUUGAGUGUAUUGAAAAAGGAGGACGAGUAGUUCAGGAUGUAUACUCGACAGUUGGGGGCCACAUCAGUCAACUUCCUGAUGAAAUGCUUGAGAUUAUUCUCUAUAAAUUAACACUUAGGGAUGCAGUUAGAACAAGUUUGGUAUCAUCUAGAUGGAGGCAUCUUGUUUUGACCCGGGCUUGCCUUAUUUUUGAUCUGUCUAACAUGUUUGGAAUUGAAAGCCCGAGCCGGUUUGUUGUCGUGGAAGAGAUCAUGAAUCACCCGCCAAAGUUCGGAGGCCGUGGAGGUGGAAGAGAUGACCAAGUCGGAGACUUCAUCGGUCACCGUAGAGAGAAUCCAGCCUUGAAGCAAAACAUCGAGUUGAAACCAUUCGUCGUCAUCGGCGGAAGAGGGAAUCUUAGAGCCGGAGAGAAACCCGUGGAGAUUGAACCGUCGAACAAGGAGCAAGAAGAGGCGGCACCAUUUUUUGUAAUUUGGUUGAGAAAAACUCAACUGUAUGGGGACGUGAAGCUUGACGUUGGAUAUAGCCGUGAACGCCAAAUGGGGUACAUGCCUGAAAGCAUAGCCACAUUCUCAAAUCUUUGGUCAUUAAUGCUGGCAUUGGAUCACCAAGCGGGAGAUAUCAUGUGUAAGAUCAUUCAACUUUUGAAAUCGUGCCCUCGACUCUAUACUCUUCGUAUUGUGCUCAGCACCGGAGUGGACAAGGAACACAAGAAGCUAGAGUCCAUUGUAUACCGUCAUGAACGCCUGACGUGCUUUGAAAUCUUAGGCACCGAGUAUCAGAUUGAGUCUUGCAAGUAUUUGCUCAAACUUGUCCUCGCACGAAGAAGAUGAUGAUAAAUUGUGAUCUACCGGAGCUGUUGUCACCUAGCUUUUAUCUACUCGAUAAACUAGAACCUGAAAGUGUAAUAAAUGCACUGAAAGCAGUUUCAAAUGAUGUGAAUGUGGUUUUUAUUCAAAAAAAACAUUUGAUCAUAUAAUAUGGAAGGAUCUUACCUUCUCAAAUUAUUCUUUAACUUGAUUACCUAUUUUUAGUUGUUUGAAACUUAGUUAAAUGACAUGUAAUGGGUGCAUAAAGUUUCUUGCUAUUU